AUGGAUCAAAAUUUUAUAAAUACAUAUAUAUUGCCUUUUCUAUAGAUCUAACCUGGGUCACCAUCCAAUAAGAAACCUUGUGGUUUUAUUGAUAGAACAUAGAAUAGACAAUCGAGAAUCAUACAUCAAUCUGUUAGAUUGGAACCACAGAUAUAGGGCAGUGUUGUUGAUGAGAUUAUUAAAAGGUGUGAGAUUCCUUCAUCUUAUAUCUUGUACAAAAGGAAUAAAGAUUUCAUUCCUAAAUAACUCAACCCAAUUUCGAAGUCUGUGAAUGUACGAAGCAAUCACAGCAGUCUGAAGGCCUACCAUGAAAAUCAAAAAAUCUAAAAAGUACAUCAAAAAUCCAAGAAGCAAUAAUCUUUCCUCCAAAGACAAUCAUAAUCCUUCGAAGAAAAAGAAGAAAGCAGAAAUACUUUUAAUAAAGAAUACAAGCAAAAGGAGACAUUCAACUUUGACAUGUUUGAAACCAAGGAUUUAUUUGCGACUAAAUUAGAUUUCGGUUCAAAGUGCACUUUGGAAUCAGACAGAGAAAAGCAGAGUUCUUUUUAGACACCAAGAAUUAGUGAGAUUUUGUAUUAGAGAGCUAAAAAUGACAUUCCGCAUUAGAAUAUGAAGGCAAUUAAGUUGUCCAAUGAAUGGUAAAAUCAAUAAAUCCACAGUGAUAUGAGAUUUUAUCAAGAUCAAAAGAAAUUUCAAAAUGUUCGAGUUCAAUUGGAUAUACAUAGAUACGAACAUUAGAGACAGCAAAAUAAAAUAAGGAUAAAUAGAUUAUUGCUCAAAAGACUUUGA